AUCAGACUAUUCGUGACUCAUCUCCCACUCCUCCCUCCCAACUCAUCAUCAUAUGUUCACCCAACAAAUUAAACACCAAAGAAGAGAACAUUAAGAUCCACCAUCUUCCUCCAUCGCCCUGCCCUUUUCAAUCAAAUGGCCGUUCACACCACCUGGUUUUGCUCUCAAGAUCCUCUUCUCAUCCCCAAUUCUUCCCAACAAUUUUGCCCUCCUCCUUCCUCCUCUUCCCAUCUAAUGCUCUUCCCCGAUCCAUUUCCUCCUUCCCAGUCUCCUCUGCAACAAAUCCCGUGCUCCCCCCCUCUCAAGAAACAGAGUCUUGUCGAUAUGGAUCUCUUCUUCCAAUCUGAGAGCGAGAAAUUGAGGGAGAUGGUGAUGGAAGAACAGAGGAGGCAGCAGGGGGCUCUUCUCCAGAGCUACGAAUCAAGAAUCGCGGGGGUGAUGAGGCAGAGAGAGGCGGAGCUGGCAAUGGCGAAGAGCAGAAACAGGGAGCUUCAAGAUUUGAUGGCGGGGGCAGAACUGGAGGCGAGGCUGUGGGAGAGAAGGGCCGCGGAGAACGAGGCCGCCGUUUCAGAGCUGAGCCAAAGGCUGAGGCAAGCCGCGGUGGCGGAGAGGGAGGCGGAGGAGUCGUGCUGCGGCGGGGGGUCGACGGCGGGGGAGGGGUGCAGGACGUGCGGGUCGGGGAGGGCGAUGAGCGUGGUGUUCCUUCCGUGCAGACACCUGUGCUGCUGCAAGUCAUGUGACGUUUUUCUUGAGGCCUGUCCCGUCUGUGCGGCAGUCAAGGAAGAUAGCUUACAAGUCAUCCUACCCUAAUUAAAGCUUUUGCCCAAUCCUUAUCCUAUCCUAUAGGACUCCUCCUACCCUAUAGUUAUGAAGGGCACUAGCUAGCUA